UUGAGUUGUUAUCUCACCUGCCAUGUUGAAAAUCUGACGGACUCUAAAUAUUUUUUGUAUGUUUUUUUCAAUUGAAUGGCGAUUAACUGUUGGUGAUACAUGAUAGUUGCUUAUUUAAUUUGAACCCAUAUCACUUCGAUUUUAUUCGAUGCAUAAGACACGAACAGAGCUGCUUUGAAACGAAUUAUGUCCUUUUCGUUGAUCAACAAAACAAUUUUGUCAAGCUGACACUAACCAUCCUCAGGUGGUGCCAGGAAGUUGAAACGUUGCCAUGCCUAUGGAGGGACUUAAGAGGCGACUUAGUUUUCGAAAAAAGAAGAAGGACAAAGUCCCUGAGUGUUCAAAGCCUCACCAAUGGCAGGAGGAUGAGAAGAAGGUCCGUGAUGGAACCUGCAGCUUCCAAGUUAGGUACCUGGGUUGUAUGGAGGUGUUUGAGUCGCGCGGCAUGCAGGUGUGUGAAGAGGCCGUCAAAACACUCAAGGCUCAAUGCAAAGGGAAGUACCAGCGGGCCAUCCUUUAUGUGUCCGGGGACGCACUCAGAGUUGUGGAUGAGAUUAGCAAGAGUAUGAUAGUGGACCAAACCAUUGAGAAGGUGUCAUUCUGUGCCCCGGACCGCAACCAUGAGAAAGGUUUUGCCUACAUUUGUCGAGAUGGCACAACAAGGCGCUGGAUGUGCCACGGUUUCCUAGCUGUGAAAGAAUCGAGAUUUUGGAAAUCGCAUAAAAUAAAGGGAGAACGCCUAAGCCAUGCCGUGGGAUGUGCAUUCGCUAUCUGCCUAGAAAAGAAACAGAAGAGGGACAAGGAGUCCGCUGUUAAUGUCAAUGUCACGUACAGUCAGGACCGUACAACGUUUGAGAGGACUGGCUCUUUCAGGGCCACCACCCUCACCGAACGGCUUACAGACCCACAGAGUGCAAUACUAGCAGAGCCCGUGCCGGUGCGUUCAGUAGACAACCCGUUUGCUGUGCAGCGUCCCCACGCCACCACGAACAUGCUGGUGCGACAGGGCUCAUUUCGGGGCUUCAACAAGCUACAGGAGACCACAUCACCCUUCAAGAGGACUGUCUCACUUCGCCUGAGUGACCUGCCUUCCACACUGCAGAGACAGAAUGCAUUUGAGCUUUCACCACCUCCAAAAUCUGCAGGUUUGAAUAACAAUGGUGUGAUUCAUGAGGUGCCUUCGCCGGAGAAUGAGGACUCGAUAUCGCAGAUGUGCCAGCAGUUGACCCAGGGUCUCUCAGCGCUCACAGAUGACCCUUUCGCCACCGCUCCAGGUGCCCAGGGAGCCACACAUAGCCUCGUCAAACAACACUCCAUGCCAGCAACAUUCCAUAUGACAACACAAGUUGUACAGCACCCACCUGUCCCAGUAAACCAGACCAACCCGUGGGCUCACAUGAGCCCAGCCCACUGCAGCAGUCCUUCCUCACAACUGGAAGCUGCCCCUGGGCAUGCCUCACCGUCACCGUCAACCAACCCAUUUGUGGCGUCACAGGCAACCACAGCAAGUGCCCCCAUGGCUGGCACCUCCCCAGCGGUCAACAUGGGGCACAAACCCUUCCUUCAACAACAGGGCAGAAGUCAUUCCAUUGAUACUAGCAACUUGUUUGACUGGCAAAACCAGCAGAAUCAGAACAAAAAUAAGAAAACUCUUUUAGAAAUGGCACACCACCAAAGUUUUCAACUAAAUGGUGGUACUGACUCGAACUGGGCAGCUAGCUUUACCCCUCCACCAGCCCCAACAGUGGCUAAUAACACAAACACCACUGCCACAGUCAAUAGUUCAUCUGAAAAUAACACAGAAGACAAUUUCGAUCCUUUUGAUGUGGCAUGGGCAGCAAAGAAUGUUGGGAAACCAGAAGCUGCCCCUAGGGCUAACAGUGCUGGAAACCCAUUUGCAACGAAAACUGUUACCACAUACAAGAUGGAAUUGUGAUUCCUUUGUAUUUUCCCAUUGUCUGAUAUUGUGUAUGUUAAACAAAUAUUGGUUUAAGUAUUUUAAUACAUUUAAACUAGUGUGUAGGUUACAAUGAAUGGUUUAUGAUCUGUGUAAAUGGUGCAUAGCUUAAUAUGAUCAAUUAGAGGAACUCAGAAACCAUUUAAAAUUAUUUUAAUAUUAAUUCAGAAAGUAUGAAGUUACACAACAUAAACUGACUGUGAAUUUAAAGAUAUUUAUCCCACAGGUGUCAAGGCAACACGUGUCUUGGUAAGAGAUUGUGUGUUUUCUCCAAAUUGUUACCAUGUUGCAUUUCUAAGUAGAUUCAUAACUGAACGUUCAUCAUCAAACUUAUUCACCCCAGUAUAUUGAUAAAAAUGCCUCAUCUCAUACAUAUGAAAACAAAUUAUAGAGUUGUGAAAUAUGUACCACAGUGUACCAGAAUGUGCUAAAAUCCUGUAAACUAUUGCCCUGUCAUUCACCUGUGUUUGUCAUAGAGCAUGUUUUUGGUGUGCUCUAGGCGUUGACCAUAUCAUCCAGCAAUGACCUUGUUACGUGCUCCUCAUCCGUGUUGUACAUGCUAACUAUCGAUCACUUGUUUUUGCUAAUUACUAGUUGCUUGGUGGAUAUGUGUUAAAUAAUGAUAUCUUAUCCAAGCCUAGAAAUACAGUAUGUUGUAUCUAAACUGAACCUAGAAUUACAGUAUGUUGUAUCUAAACCAAGCCUAGAAAUACAGUAUGUUGUAUCUGAAAUGAACCUAGACAUACAGUAUGUUGUAUCUAAACUGAACCUAGAAAUACAGUAUGUUGUAUCUAAACUGAACCUAGAAUUACAGUAUUUGGUAUCUAAACUGAACCUAGAAUUACAGUAUGUGGUAUAUGAACUGAACCUAGAAAUACAGUAUGUGGUAUAAUCAGCAAAAAUGAGUCAUGUGGAGCCAGCUACCUUAUCGAAACAUUAACUUGAGUUUUCCCUGUUACCAAAUAAAAAAAAAUGAUCAAAAUGCAAAGAAUUGAAAUAGUGACCACUAUCAAAACUGAUUCUUAUAACGCUCAAUACAUAACAAAUGAUGGAAAUGCCACUUUACUUCUUCAUGACUUAUUUUUACUGACAAUGUUGUGCAUAUACCUAUAUAUGUAUAUUAUGUAUUCCUCAUUAAGUUAUUUUCAACACAUAAAAUAUUAUAGAAACACAACACCAUGGCUGUUAACAACCAUUUGAACAAUUUUGUAUUCCAUGUAGUUUUAGUGAGAGCUUGCAGGUCAAGUAAGUGUAUCAAAUGUUGUGAACUGUUCUUUGAUUCGAAUACAAGUGUAGUUGAAAUAUGAUCAUUGUUCAAAUUACACUCAAACUACCUAAGUAGGUGUUUAUAGCUCACAUGAGCACAAAGUGCUCUCAGUGUGAGCUAUUGUGAUGGGUGAUUGUCUGUCCUGCAUCUGAAUCCUCUGGCCCUUUUUUAAAAUAAUGGUACAGAAAUGUUCCUUAGACUUCCAAAUUCCUUCUAUGUUGAUUCAUAAAAAAAUGGCGGCGAGAGGGCGGGGUAUCUUUUCACUAUAUGGAAAAUAAUUUUACACAGGUAUUUUCUUUUGGUGACCCUCUAUCAAUUUUUUUCUUCCCAUGUCAAAUAAAGUAACAACAUUUCCACUUUAUGUCUAUAUGUAAAACUCUCUUCAGAAACCAUUGGCUUGAUAUUACAGGAAUGUUCCUUAAUCAAACCUUUUAUCAAAUUGGUAUUUUUUAUGACUUUUUUUAUUGUAAUUAUAACUUUUUUAUAAUUAUUUUAUUGCUUUGCAAUGAUUGAAGAUAUCAACUUUAAUCUUCAAGAACUUUUUUACAGUAACAAUGUGCUGUAACAGUUAUGGCCUUUCCUAACUUUUUAAACAAGUACAUCCAUUUUAUGUUUAUAUAUGCAUGUUUAAGAAAAAGGAGGGAUUUAUUAUAGUUUUACCAGUGGCAUACAAGCUGGCCACAUUCAGUAUUUUUUUCCAAUUCAUAACUAUGGAACCCUUUGUCCAAUCAGCUGAGUGAUAUAGGGACAUCUUUGCCCUCUUGUUUAUAAUUUUAAUGUCAGGAUAUUAUACUAUUUUCCUGUAACUAUGUACCAAUAUAUUAUAUUGUAUCAACUCUUUUUCUUCUUAAAACAAUCACUGAGGCUCUCAUGUGUUCAAAGUUUUAUCGCCUACUGGCACCUAGCACAGGUUUUAUAUUGUCUUUAAAGUUCAAGUACUCUUCUUUUACCAUGUUUUUACACCAUUUGUCCAUUUUAAGAUAAUCUAGUGUUGUGAUAAGGAUUUAAUAGAUAUUUGUGAUACUUUUAUUUCAUUUACGUAUUAUCAGGUGUAGCAGGUAUGGCUGUACAUAUCAGUUGUGUACAAAGUGUAGAUACCAUCCACUGUAGCAGAGCCGUUAAUCCCAGCACCCUUGGUUUUCUCACUUUCUCCCAUUUAUAAACUUUGAACCAUAGACGACAAUAUCGGUCAGGAAUGAUAAAACAUGAUUUUUUUGUAAUUAUAUGCAUAAAUAAAUAUGUAACAUAUUAUGUAUUUAAUUAUAUUUAAAAUUCACCCUCCCUGACUUAUACUGCCACCUAUGGUUAAAUGUGGUUGUUCCUUCAAAAAAUAUUGAAACUAAAACAAAUAUUAAUUUAAUGUUUCUGUCACAAAUUAUGGCUUUAAUGAAUAUUGUUAUUAAAUAAGUCUUUAUGUUCUAUUAAAUAUGAACAAGAUUUUCAUGAAUUUUUAAUGUUGGAAAUUCAAAUGCUUGCUUUACAGGUUUUAGUAAUCAAGAUUGCUGUAUUAUAAACGUGAUUCUGUAUACUCAAUAUUUUCAUUUUGUGCCUAUUACCUUUGCUUAUUAUAUUUUUUUGCAAUUAAAAGCCCGCGUUGGCUGUUACGAUAAUUAUUGUUAUAAAUAUUAACUUGGGAAAACAAGUUUCCUUCUGUGUUUUUUUGAACUGCAAUGCAUUAAAUCUUUAAAUUAUUUGAGCUUCAAUUACCCUAGACAGGACAUGCAUAUUGAUGUUUACAAGCCAUUAAGGGUCACGCUUAAAUAAAUGAAAAGAAAGAGAAUGUUAAUGUGUUUACUUUUGCUGAUUUCUGAUAUUUAAAAUUGAUCCUUUGACAAUACACAUGUCACUGUAAUUAGAAAAUAAUUGCAUUUGUUUUAGUUUCCAUGUUGCCUUUAAACCAAGGGUUUUUACUUUGCUUCCUGGUAUAAUUUGUUUUAUAUUUAAUCUACAUAGCUAUUAUUAUAUUAAUACUGAUGUUAACAAGUGAAAUUAAAAUGCUAAAGCCGUA